AUGACUCAGAAAGAAUCCCGUUCGUCCCCGCAACGCCUCUCCAAGGGGAGAAGUAUGUCGUUGCCCAAAAUAUUCGCUCGUAAUUUAAGAUCUCUUCAAAGCAAUACAUCCGCUGGAGGAGCUAGCAAUUGUAGUAACUCAACUUCCAAUGCUUUUUCCACUCCUACAAGUUCAAGCUCGCAAACGAGUGUGACUCCCAGUCAAAACAAGCAAGAUCUUCCUCUACCCUUCCCCCUGCAUGGGGAAUGGAACGAUAGCUGGUCAAGUUUUAAGUUUAACAAGUUUAAAUCAAUGUUUUACCACAACAGAUCGAAGAGUAGUUGCAUUCCAAAUGGAAAAACGUCAGAAAAGGGUGCGUAUCAACACGAACAUGAAUCGAAACAGCUGGAAACUUCUACCGACAGGGAGACAAAUGCCCCCAACGCUGCAAAUACUCCAUUUAUACACAAUGAGACGGUUUGCUCUACGCCCAAUGCCGCCCCUGGAGGCUCUUCUCCGGAAACUGACCUCUUUACCUUUGACAUGCCUACAGACCCCUCAUCUUUUCACACUCCCAGUUCCCCUAGUUAUAUUUUAAAGGAUAGCAGAAAUAUAAGUAAUGGCUCUUUGAAUAACAUCAAUGAAAAUGAAGAACUUGAGGACUUCCAUAAAGGCGCCAGUGGAAACAGUAAUAUCUCACCCUUGGCCUACUUGUCGCUAUCAAAUUCACCAAAAGGCACACUGGGGGGUAAUAACGGAAACAAAAGGGAACAAGAACCUACGGCCGCAACACCACGUUUGAGAAGAGCUACUUCUGAGCCCUUUGACAUCGCAAAAAACGAGUUAAUGCGAGACGAUUACGUCGUUUUAAAACAACCACCAAGUUUAGGAGAUAUUAUUGAACCCAGGAGGUCUCGCCGUCUAAGAGCUAAAUCAUUUAGCAACAAGUUUCAGGAUAUCACCGUAGAACCUCAAUCUUUUGAAAAAAUCAGGCUACUCGGUCAAGGUGACGUGGGUAAAGUGUACCUAGUUAGAGAACGGGAUACCAACCAAAUAUUUGCCUUGAAAGUUUUAAGUAAACACGAAAUGAUUAAAAGGAAAAAAAUAAAACGCGUUCUUACUGAGCAAGAAAUCCUCGCGACAAGCGACCAUCCAUUUAUUGUGACUUUGUAUCAUUCUUUUCAAACUGAAGAUUUUUUGUACCUCUGUAUGGAGUACUGCAUGGGAGGCGAAUUCUUUAGGGCUUUACAGACAAGAAAGAGUAAACGUAUUACAGAAGAGGAUGCAAAAUUUUACGCUAGUGAAGUAGUGGCGGCUUUGGAAUAUUUGCACUUGUUGGGCUUCAUAUAUAGAGAUUUGAAACCUGAAAAUAUCUUGUUGCACCAGUCCGGUCAUGUCAUGCUUUCAGAUUUUGAUUUAUCUAUUCAGGCAACGGGAUCGAGAGAUCCUACAAUGAAAGAUUCUACGUAUUUGGAUACGAAAGUUUGCUCGGAUGGAUUUAGAACUAAUUCAUUUGUUGGUACUGAAGAGUAUUUAGCUCCCGAAGUGAUCAGAGGGAAUGGCCACACAGCAGCAGUAGACUGGUGGACUUUAGGGAUAUUAGUCUAUGAAAUGCUAUUUGGCUGCACUCCCUUCAAGGGAGAUAAUUCAAAUGAAACCUUCUCUAAAAUCUUGACUGAAGACGUCAAAUUCCCACAUGAUAAGGAAAUUUCAAAACAUUGUAAAGAUCUGAUUAAAAGAUUGUUAAACAAAAACGAAUCUAAGAGACUUGGUUCCAAAUUGGGAGCCUCAGACAUAAAAAGACAUCCAUUUUUCAAGAAAGUCCAAUGGUCGUUCCUGAGAAACCAAUACCCUCCUUUAAUCCCUGCAUUAAAUGAUGACGGUUGUGAGCUUCCUCUUAUACUGUCUUCCAAUAAAAACUCUACGAAGAACCCGGUUAGUAAGCAAGAGAGCCAAAUGUUUUGCGAGAAGGUCGCAAAUGAUGAUGAAAUAGACGAAACUGAUCCAUUUCAUGAUUUUAAUUCCAUGAGUUUAACGAAAAAAGAUGACAAUAUCUUGUUUUACUCUGAAAAUCAUACCUAUGGAAAAAUCUUAUACAAGGCAACUUCCACAAGAUCAAGAGAUAACAGUUCCCAUAAGCGUUUUUUCAAAGAUGUAAUUCCAGGACUGUAA